UCUUCUCCUCGGACGUGUCUCUGAGCGCCAUUUUAAAUGUUUUCAAAGCACUGCAGCGCGACAAUUAGGUGGUCUGCACAAAAAGUGUGACUGACCGCCGUGAAUAAUUGACUUGCUCGGGGUGACGGCUAGUAACUCUUCUGUUUAAGUUGGGUGGCAUUUUUGUAGCUUGAUGGAUUUCCCGGGAGACGAAGAACUACGUCGGUUUUUCCACUGCUCCAAGACAGAAAUGUCGUGCAUGGGAAACCCGCAGACUUUUAUACGUCAACUCAGGGAUUACGAUCUGAUUCCGGAAAAGUUCUACAAGAAAGUGGACCGUACCAAGAGCAAAGAGGCCUUGAAGAAAGCCCUCUAUGAUAUUCUGGACUGGUUGGAGCGGGAGCGACCAAGGUCCAUCAAGAUGUUUUGGAGGUGUGUCUUCAAGGAAACCAUCAUAAAUCAAUACCCCACCCUGCAACAGUUGAGCAAAAGCCUCAAAGAUGGCUCCUUUUAUUUGGAUACACAACUGUUUAACAGCAAGCCGCAGGCAGAGACCGAUGUCAGGAAAAGAAAGGAGCCAUCAGAAGAUGAAAACAUAGAGUGGAGGCAAGAAAUCCCAGUGUCAAAGAAGAAAUGCAAAAAUAACAUGUGCGGUGAGAAGGAGCAGCCCUCCCAAUCGUCUCUAUCACCAAACAAAAGUCUGUUUAACAACAAAGGACAGGUAGAGACUGAUGUUGGGGAAAGAAAGGCGCCAUCAGAAGAUGAUAUCGUACAGAGGAGGGAAGAAAUCCCAGUGCCAAAGAAGAAGAAACAGAAAAACAACAAUGUGUGCGGUGAGAAGGAGCAGCCCUCGCAAUCGUCUCUAUCAUCAAAGAAAAGUCAGUUUAACACCAAGGGACAGGAAGAGACCGAUGUCGGGAAAAGAAAGAAGACAUCUGAAGAUGAGAAUGUAGCAAGCAGGCAAGAAAUCCCAGUUCCAAAGACAAAGAACACACAGAAAAACAACAAUAAGUGCAAAGAGGAGAAGGAGCCCUCGCAAUCGUCUUCCACACCAAAGAAAACGAAAAUACGCUUCUCCUCUCCAGUUAAGGGAGCAAAGAAUGAGAUAUGGAUGUGGCCCAUCUAUAAGUCCAACCUUCCUGUGACCUGUGGAAACUUAAAAGGGACUUUGAACAGAGACGGUCUAAGAAAAGGGGAGCCAUGCAUUUUUUUCAACAAACAGUGGGUCACUCCCCCUGAAUUUGAAAAACUCGGAGGAAAGGGUUGUAACAAGAACUGGAAGAUAAGCACCCGAUGUAUGAACACGCCCAUUGCAAAGCUUUUGAAGGCAGGACAUCUGAAAAGUGCGAACUUCAAACAGAAGAACGCCAAGAAAUUACUCUUCUCCACUGAUAACGGCACCAUUUCAGAUUCCAACCAUGAGUUUGAAUCGAAAGAAGCGAGUGAAGUGCAGCCUAAGGAGAUGCCCACGAGUAGCCAUACUACAAAUACAGACGCUUGGGUGCUCAAUGUGACAUGUGGAGCACUUGCUGGCAAAUUAUACAAAAAGCGAUUUGCAUCAGGGAUAUGUGGUAAGAGCAUUCGCACCAACACCUGCUGGAUGACCCCAGCAGACUUCGUGAAGGAGGCAUUCAACGACAAUGAUGCCUCCUGGAAGAAAGACAUCCUGUGGGAAGGCCAGCCGCUUGGUGUUGUUAUUCAUGAGGAGCAGAAAAACGAUGAUGAGUGUUAUGUGUGCAAAUGUGACGGAGACCUAGUUGUGUGUGACCAAUGCCCACGUUCUUUCCAUCCAAAGUGCCACCUGCCUCACAUUGACAACAGCAUUUUGAGUGAUAAUAGAACAUGGAUGUGCACCUUCUGUAUCUUCACAACAACUCAAGGGUGGCGCUACUCUGACCAGUUGGAAAGCGAUAUAGUCCUGUCCAAACAAAUAUCCAAACACAUGCUAGGGUGCCAGUACCUCCUCCUAUAUCUGUUUAGUGCUGAUGAUGAACAACUUUUUGCAACAAAUCCAUGUGUCCAUUUGAACGACUACACUGCAGUGGUCGAGACUCCCAUGUGGUUACGCAAAAUUGCAGAAAAGAUCCAGAAGAACGACUACUGCUAUGUUGCUGAAUUUGUAUAUGACGUCCAGCUCAUUUUCUCUAACUGUGAUUUGUAUAACAAGGAUAACCCAUAUUUCCUUACCGAGGGGUCCAGACUGAAAAGGUUAUUUGAUGAAGAGUUUAAGAAGGCCUUCUAAAUUCUCAAAGAGAUGUUUUUGUGUACCCCUUGUAGCCUUACUAAAUACAUAACCACUGGCCACAAAUUGAACUACACAUGCUUAAUCUAAAGCAAGAAUUUCCAAAGAUAAAAAUGUUUGGUUUUGAUAAAAAAUGACAGAGAGAGACUUUUUUAGUAUUGUGGUUGUAGUUUGAAGUGAACUGAAAUGGAGAAAUAAUUGACUAAUAUAAUUGUUCUUUUGUGUAAGUCAUUCCUAUUUAAUAGUAUUUGUGUAAUAGUAUAUUUUUUUAAUGUAUAAUAGUAUAUUUUUUAUUAUUUUACUUCAUAUUUAUAUAAAUGUAUGAUUUUAGCCUUUUAUACCAUACUGUAUGUUAUAUAUUUGCUUCAACCAUAUACACUAUGAGCUUCUUGAAAAUAAUAUAUAUAUAUAUAUAUUAAGUACGGUUUCAGUACAGUAUAAGUGAACAUCCACACAUGUGCAGUUUGGCAUUUCCAAAUUCACCUAAUUCUGGGUUUCAUAUUUUGAACCUAACUUCUGUUAUUUGCCAAAAAAAAGUACCUAUUCACUGUUUAUCUUGGUAUAUUACCGGGAUACCUUCAAAACAUUUGUGUGUGUGGGGGGGGGGGUGCGUCACUGACGGAAUUUCACAUUUGUGGCAGGGCUUUUUUUUUUCUUCUUCUUCUCCAUCCCCCGUAAAUAGUGGGGGUUCAUUGUAUACCAAUUAUUUGUAUGUCACCACAGUGUAUACAUUUCCACCUUUUAAACCUGCCAUGGCUUAUGUUGCUGCAAAUCUAACCUGCUAGUUCACAUUACAAAAGGCAAAUAAAGAAAAAAACUGCUUAGCUAACAGCAAAAUAAUAAAGUCUAUUUUUGUAACUUC